AUGUCAAUAGCCGAAAGGCAAACUAAUGACUUCAAUUAUGCUGAUUGGAUAGAAAAAGCAGUUGAGAAUAAUUAUAUCAUAUAUUUUAAUUAUAACGAGUUUACAAAUAAACAAGAAUUCGAAAAUAGCGUUAGUUCGGUUGGAAAAAUAUUUAAGGCAAAUUGGAAUAACAAUGAUACCCUUUUAGUCGUGAAAACACCUGGAUUGGAUGUUAAAAAAAUUAUUAAUGAGCUCAAAAUGCAGAAAGAAGUUGAUUUUCAUAUAAAUAUUUUACGAAUUUAUGGAAUUUCAAAAUUAGACAAUCAGUAUUCGUUAGUUUUAGAGUAUACGGAUGGUGGAUCAUUGUAUUCUUACUUGAAAGAGAAUUUCACUAAACUUGAGUGGAAUGAUAAAUAUCGUUUAGCGUUACAACUUGCGAGUGCUAUGGGAUGUAUUCAUAAUAAAGGUAUAAUCCAUUGUGAUCUGCAUGCUUACAAUGUGCUAAUACAUAAAGGCGAUAUUAAAGUAGCAGAUUUUGGUCUAUCUAAGAAAGCGACUGAAGCAUCAUAUUAUUCUGACCAUGAUGUAUUUGGUAUAAUACCUUAUAUAGAUCCAAAAUAUUUGAAUAAUAUAUGCAAUAUCAAACACGGAAGUCAACAACUCUAUAAAAUAAAUUUCAAAUCAGAUAUUUAUAGUAUAGGAGUUCUUUUCUGGCAAUUAUCAAGCGGAUGUAGACCUUUUUAUGAUGAAGGUACAAAAUACGAUAUAAGUUUAACCAUGGGUAUAAUAAAUGGAAAAAGAGAAGAAAUUAUUGAUGGUACGCCUGUUGAAUAUAGUGAUAUAUAUACAGCGUGUUGGGCAGAUGAUCCUAAUAAAAGGCCAUCUAUUCAACGAGUUGUUUUAGAUCUUAAAUCAAUAAUAUAUCGAGAAAAUAACGAAAAAACAUCAUAUUCUACCAAAUUUAUUAAAAACGGAAUUGAAAAGGGACAAUCAAAUGAAGACUUUGAUAACAUGAUGGAGAAUGAUUUUGAUUUAGUUAUAGAUUUCGAUGACUCUGGUUCAAACACGAAUGAUUUUACACAAAAUAAUUUAGUACUUAAUUUAGCUGAUUUAACCGAUAACGUUGAAAGAAUUGAUAAGUUGAUCGACUAUAUAAUCGAAUUGCAUGAUGAGAAAAGUUGUAGUUUUAAAGAAGUGAAACGAAUUAUUAAUCAAAGUAUUCAAAAUAUUAAUAAGUCUUUACAAGUUGAAAAUAUCAAAAAUCAAACAUCAUCUAAAUAUGUUUUCUUUCAGGGGUUUCUUUACUUCAAUGCAAUUAUUGAAAAGAGAGAUAAGGGUAAAGCAUUUGAGUUAUUUUCAAAAGCAUCGAAAGAUAAUUAUCCUAUCGCUCAAGUUUAUUUAGGUAAAAUGCGUAAAGAUCCUAAAGAUGCUUUUUAUUGGUAUCAAAAAUCGGCAGAAAAUGGAAAUAAACUUGCCCAGUUUUAUUUAGGAAAAUGUUAUGAAAAUGGAAAUGGUACCGAAAAAGAUGAUUUCAAGGCAUUUGAAUGUUACGACAUAGCAGCAAAAAAUGGAAAUAAAUUUGCACAAUUUAAAUUGGGAUAUUUUUAUUAUAAUGGUAUAGGAACACAAAUAGACAAAGAAAAAUCAAUUGUAUGGUAUGAAAAGUCAGCCAUGCAAAAUCAUAGUGAUGCACAACUUUGUCUUGGAUUACUAUAUAAAAGAGAGGAAGAAGAUUUAAAAGAAGCACUUUACUGGAUUAGAAAAGCAGCAGAAAACGGAAAUAAAGCUGCACAAUUUUAUUUAGGUAAAUAUUAUUAUUAUGGUACAGGAAUUGAGAAAGAUUAUGGCAAAUCAUUUGAAUGGUAUGAAAAAUCAGCUAAACAAGGAUAUAAUAAUGCGCUAUAUGCUUUAGCGCAUUUAUAUAUAAAAGGUAGAGGCACUGAAAAAAAUUCAGAAAAAGCGUAUGGUUGGAUUGAAAAAGCGGCAGAAAAUGGAAAUAAAUUUGCUCAAUAUCAUUUAGGUGCAAUUUAUCAGAAUAAUAAGGGAACGAAAAAGAAUAUAAAAAAAGCAAUUGAAUGGUAUGAAAAAUCAGCUAGACAAGAGUAUGGCAAAGGAGUUGAACAAGAUUUAGAAAAAGCAAUUUAUUGGUAUAAAAAAGCAACAGAAAAUGGGUAUGAAGCCGCGUAUUAUUAUUUAGGUAAUAUUGAAAAAGAUGAAGUUAAAGCAUUUGAGUAUUAUAAAAAAUCAGCUGAAAAAGGAUAUUUAAAUGGAAUAUAUAUGCAUGGAUACUGUUAUGAGACUGGAAUAGGAACUGAAAUUGAUAAAGAAAAGGCAGUUAAAUGGUAUAAAAUUGCCGCUGAAAGGGGAAAUAAAGAUGCACAAAAAAGAGUAGAACUGAUUGAAUAA